AUGGCUUUCAUGGCUUUCUCGUCGGAUGCCAGCACUCACCCUGAUAUUCCAAACCUCUUCCCCAGCGAGGAGGACAAGAAAGACAUGGAAGUGACCGCCUAUGAGAAGGCCUAUUGGCCUUGUCACGUUCGUGCGCGAGUGCUGCAGAAUUCCGUCGAAGGCACAAUUUUGCUCGAGGGCCUCGGCUGCGACGACGAGGCCUUCGUGGCUCUCCAAUCGUUGCUGGCGACCCCUGGCGGCCAGCAGCGAUCGAUGGAACAUCUCGGGCUGGACCUCCUGCCUCAGUUUCUGCAGGACAGCCCCCAUUCGCAACUGCGUCAGCGGGCCGUCCGCCAGCCCGGCUUCUACAGACACCCCUUCCCUGAAAACUUGGUGAUCCAAGCGUGUCGAUCUGCG